UUGGAUGAACAUGCCUCAAAGGGUGCUAAUGUAAAAUGAUUGCUGUAAGUGGAGUGGAUUGCUAAACUUAGUGAAAGUACCUAAACAUAUUUGCUUCACUGUUCAUAACACAUUUGAAAGUUGUCCUCAAGGAGUUGUGUUUCCAUUUCCAAUUUCUGUAACAACCAUGACAUCGAAUAGGAAAUAUGUUGACGACGAAAUUAAAGGAAGCUGGCGUAGAGCAAUAACAUUGGAGCAUCGACCAUCGAAACUGAGUGUCAACGGACACAUUGGAUCAAAUCCAGCUGAAAGCGCAUCGAAGCGAAAAAAGAUCGUGGUUGGAGUAAUUAUCGCACUGGUGCUAGUGGCCGUUUUGAUUGCGUUGUUGGUUUUUUUGCUUCCUAAAGGAGAGGGUGGUGGAGCUGUAGGGGCACCACCUGACUUGUCAGAGUAUUGCAUAACCAGUUCCAAUGGAAUUUGCUAUUGGGUAGAAGUUCGUCGCAAACAAGAAGUUGACUAUUUCAAAGCAGUUGAUAUUUGCAAGCAGAUGUCAAUGCAAAUAGCUGUCAUUCCGAAUGCCGACAUAAUGUUAUUGAUAUCAAAUAAAAUCCGCCCGAGAGAGCCUUCUUAUCGAAAGUGGACUAGCGUGUGGAUGGGAGUGACGAUCGACCCAAUGACCGGCAUACUAACUCCGAGAGACGCGUACGGUAGUUUUUUUUAUUUUGGAUUAUUGAAUGCACCUUACCAAAAAAACUGGAACAAAGUGUAUCUGUACGUGGAGAAACGGCACGUAUUUGAUUAUGUGAACGCCGAUGCGACUCAUCUUACGUAUGGUGUGGUGUGUUCUUUUCCCGAACCAUAAGCAUUAUGCUGUAAUGUGUGCAUUUGGUGAAUAGUCGAAAAUAUAUUAUUAUCACGGAUAAAGCCCAAAAUUUCAAUUAAAUAUCAGACGAUUAAACGCAGUAAAAAGUAAUAAAACAAAUCAAUAGAAAAAUUAUCCAGAUGUUAUCACAUAACGGACUGGUUUAAAGGUGAUAAUUUUUCGCAUUUCAUACAAGUUUCAUUAUUUUCAUGGCUAAUCUAACUUAAUUCUGAAAGGGUAUGGCAAAUUCAAACGUUCUAUAUUGUUGAC